AUGCCUGCAACCCUUGAGGUAACGUCAGGGAAUGAUAGUUGUCUACCUCUGGUCAGGUUUGAUGCAGGCUUCCAGAGUAGGAGAGACGAGACAGUGGCAAUGGGCAGCAAAAUGUGCUCGACGAAAUGCUAUGAGAGUGGAAACACGGAGAAGACUACUAUAGAUUUGGUGGAUGAUCGGAUGGCAUUUCCAACUUUAUCCUACCAUCCAGCCUCUUCCUCCAUCUCCACCGACUCUGGCUGUUUCUUCUUUAAACCCUCCACCCCCAGCACCACCAUCUCCUAUCACCAACGCCACCGACUGAAUGAUUGGCAGAACGCUGACAAAAAAAAAAUAACCUUGGUUUACGAGAGAAUCACAUCUAUCUAUCUAUCUAUCUAUCUAUCUAUCUAUCUAUCUAUCUCAUUCUAUUUCUAUCUGUCGUGGGGUCUACGAGACCCGUGGACAGGCCCUGAUUUUUUUUUGUCUCCAUUUUUUAUCACCACUCUUUUUUUCACAUCUUUUUUCAAUUUUUCUUUCCUGUUGGGUUUUCUUUCUUUCUUUCUUUCUUUCUUUCUUUCUUUCUUUCUUUCUUUCUUUCUUUCUUUCUUUCUUUCUUUCUUUCUUUCUUUCUUCAUUCCUUACCUUCUUUGUUCUCUCCAUUCCUCUUUCUUUCUUUCUUUCUUUCUUUCUUUCUUUCUUUCUUUCUUUCUUUCUUUCUUUCUUCGAAUAACCGAGUGA